AUGAGUAGCCCAUCGCCGGCCGACCCAACCAGCACGACGAAUGACCCUCCGACCACAUCUACCCCCGAGCCGACCGGGCCAACUGAAACCCAGCCUGAAUCUACAACGACGACAACCACUGAUCCUCCGAGCUCAACGGAACCGACGACCACGACUUCGUCGACCACCACCACCGAGGAACCUCCCGAGUCUACCGAGUCUACCGAAACUUCUGAAACUUCGACCACUACUACAACUACCCGAACCACCACCACCACUGAUGCAGAACCCACGACUACUUCAGAACCCACAACUAGUUCCGAACCCGAUCCAACCUCUACCACUUCAGACGAUGUCCCCACCACUGGAACCACCACAACGACGAUUACCAUUACGGACACUUCAACUCCGAGUUCAACAACAGAUGGAGGCGCAACCUCGACCAUAGAAUCUUCCGCGACUGCUACGCCCACGGAGGCAGGUGGCGGCGGCGGUGGGCUUUCGGCAGGUGGCACGAUAGCUGUUGCGGUAGUUGUCCCAGUUGUUUCCGUCGCCAUCCUUGUCCUCGUGGGGUUGUGGCUCUGGAGAAGACACAAGGCAAAAAAGGUCGCGGAGGAGGAACGCAGAAAGGAAGUCGAAGAGUAUGGAUUCAACCCGAACGGUGACCCGACACUACCUGCCGUCAUGGGCGGUGCCGCCACGGACGACAAUUCAGGAUACCGUGGGUGGGGGACCACGUCGGCAGGCCGGAAAGCGUCCACCAAUAUGUCGAGCAGUGUUGGGGCCGGACUAGCAAUGUCUGAAGCCGGAAGUCAACCCGGUUACCACCAUGCCGCUACACCGAGCGAUGGCACUAUUCAGUUUUCCGAUGGCCACGUGACUGAGCCUCAUGGAAUCCUCGGUGCUGCCCCGGUGGCUGCAGCAGCUACUGCCAACAAUCAACGGAAUGCUGAUAUCCACCGUGGACCGUCCAAUGCGUCGUCCGCAUACUCGGCGGGAAACCAUUCAGACAUCUCAGAGGAAAGUCACAUGUCUGCCACUCAUCCUGGCGGCCCAUACUACGAUGAGAACCCGUACUACACCGACGUCCAGCAGCAAUACGGAGGGUACAGUGAUCCGUACGCAGGGGGUCAGCCAGUGAUUCGGGAUGUUCAAGCACGUCGCAACACGCAAAUACAGAACCCAUCCGUGUUCCCUCGGCAAGGCAAUGCUGGCAUCGCACAGAAUUUCUGA